AUGUCACGGGUUGUAAUUUCAAUAUUGUUAGUUAUAUUUACGGUGGCAACUCCUGUCACUGAAGCAAAGAAGUGUAGUUUCCCAGCCAUAUUCAACUUCGGAGAUUCAAAUUCUGAUACAGGUGGUCUCUCUGCAGCUUUCGGACAAGCUCCUCCGCCUAACGGAAUCACUUUUUUUCACACGCCUGUCGGACGCUUCUCCGAUGGUCGUCUCAUCGUUGAUUUCAUAGCACAGGACUUGGGAUUGCCUUAUUUAAGUGCCUACUUGGACUCUAUUGGUUCAAAUUUCAGCAGUGGAGCCAAUUUUGCAACAGCAGGAUCAACCAUCAGACCUCAAAAUACAACCAGGUCUCAAAGUGGAUACAGUCCCAUUUCACUAGAUGUUCAACUUGUUCAAUACUCUGAAUUCAAAACAAGAUCCAUAAAUGUUCGCAAAAAAGAAGGGUUGUUUAAGAAAUUAUUGCCCAAUGAGGAGUAUUUUUCUAAGGCUUUAUACACUUUUGAUAUUGGCCAAAACGAUAUCACUGCUGGCUACAAACUCAACAUGACUACAGAACAAAUCAAAGCCUAUAUACCUGAUGUACUAAACCAGUUCUCUAGUGUCAUAAGGAGCGUGUAUAAGGAAGGUGGAAGAUCGUUUUGGGUACACAACACAGGCCCAUUGGGCUGUCUUCCAUACAUGCUGGAUCGAUCUCCGAUGAGCUCGGCCGACAUGGAUGAUUUCGGGUGCGCCAAACCGUUCAACGAGAUAGCCCAAUAUUUUAACCAAAAACUGAAAGAAGCUGUUGUGAAAUUGAGAGAAGAGCUUCAAGAGGCUACAAUUGUAUAUGUUGAUGUGUACAAAGUGAAGUACGCGCUCAUUAGCCAUGCCCGAAAAUACGGUUUUGAGAAGGGUGUGAUUGCAUGCUGUGGAAAAGGUGGGAAGUACAAUUUCAAUAAUGUAGCAAGAUGUGGAGCUACAAAGAUUGUGAAUGGGAAAAAGAUUUUGAUAGCUAAAUCUUGCAAAGAUCCAAGUGUGAGGAUUAUUUGGGAUGGGAUUCAUUACACUGAAGCUGCUAAUAACUGGAUAUUCCAACAAAUAGUUAAUGGAAACUUUUCAGAUCCACCUGUCUCUUUAAAAAUGGCUUGCCAUGACCAAUUAUGA